AUGAAAAAAUAUUCAAAAAAUCCGAUAAUAGCAACAGAAGAUGUUGAAUUGCCAAAUAUAUCACCAAAAAAAACGCAUAAAAAGAAAAUUAGCGAUAGAUUUGAUGAGGUUGAUGAAAAUAUACUAUAUAGUAUUAUAGGAAAUCAUAGUAAUAGUAAUGGAUUUAGUAUUGGCGAGGAUGAUACUGAAAAUGAUUUCGGUGAUAAUGAACUUCUUUUGGAAAGAAAUAAAUCUUAUUUAGACAUAAAUGAUUUUUAUCCACAUGAAAACUCCCCAAUACCCAUGGCUGUUAGUACAAAAGAUGAUCCAUCCCUACAAUCGAUAACGUUUCGUUUUUGGUUUUUCACAGUGCUCGGUGCAGCAAUAUCCCAGUUCUACUACUUUCGUUCAAAUGGUGGUGGAUACUCUGUAUUCUUUGUAUUGUUAGUAUCUCAUGUUCUUGGUAAAUGGAUGUCUAAUGUUUUGCCAACAAAACAAAUUCAAAUUUAUAAUUGGAAAUUUUCAUUAAAUCCUGGUCCAUUCAAUAUAAAAGAGCAUGUUUGCAUAGCAGUAGCUGCUGCCGCAGGUGGUGGCACGGCAUAUGCAACAGAUAUUAUUGCUAUACGGCAAUUAUUUUAUGGGGACAGUGCUAAUUUUUUACUUGGAAUUUUAUUAUUAUUGAGUACUCAGAUGAUUGGAUAUGGAUUAGCAGGAUUUUUGAGAAAAUAUCUUGUUCGUCCAGCUAAUAUGUUGUGGCCUUCAAAUUUAGUAUUCGCCAGUCUAUUCACAACAUUACACGGAAACGUUAAUGACACAAGAGAUAAAUUAAAUAUCGUUAGAUUUGGUAGUGGGUAUCAAGGAUUGGGUUUUUUGACUUUUUCGUUGGAUUGGAAUGCUAUUGGACAAACCGGUCCUUUAUAUACUCCAUGGUGGGCACAAGCUAAUUUUUUUUUUGGUGUUAUAUUAAGUGCAUGGGUUAUUGCUCCAAUAUUAUGGUACUCCAAUGUUUGGGAUGCUCAAAAAUUUCCAUUAUUGGCAACAUACUCUUUAAAUAAAAAUGAUCAAGAAACUGGUUUUUUAGAUGAAGUAGCAUAUAGUAAUUAUGGGCCUGUAUUUCUAAGUGUCACAUUUGCGGUUGGAUAUUUCUACUCUUUUAUAGGUUUCUCGUCAGCUAUCAGUCAUGUUAUGUUAUUUUACGGGAAUGAGAUUUGGAGUAGGUUUAAGGCUAGCAGACAGGAAGGUGAAGAUAUUCAUUGUAGAAUGAUGAGAAUUUAUGAAGAGAUACCAAACAUAUGGUAUUUCAGUAUAUUUGUAACAAUGUUGACAAUUGCAAUCACAAUUUGUUAUGUGUCUGAAUCAAAUUUACCAUGGUGGGGACUAUUAUUGGCUGUAGCUCUUGCUUGUGUCAUGGUGCUGCCAAUAGGUGUAAUUCAAGCAAUAUCAAAUAGCCAAUUACACAAUAUUAAUUUAUUACCACCAUCACUAUUAGGACUAUAUAUGAAAAUACCACCAAAAGCAUUGUUUGUGGCGCAAGUAUGGGGAACUUUUGUAGGAGCAUUUAUAAAUUAUUGGACACUACAACUUAUUUUAGAUUCAAAGCGUGAUUUUUUGGAUGGUACCAGACGUGAUCCAACUGGUCAAUGGACUGGUUAUCGAUCUCAAGUUUUUAAUACUGCUUCAAUUGUGUGGGGGUUAAUUGGGCCUGCUAGAACUUUUGGAAGUGACUCAAUGUAUCAUAUUAUGUUAUGGGGUUUCUUAAUAGGAUUUCUAUUACCAUUCCCAAUCUAUUUACUGCAUCGAAGAUUCCCAAAUGCAAAACUUCGUCUGAUCACUGUACCCUUGAUUUGUCAUGGUUUGAGUAUAAUACCUGGCACAUAUACCAACUUCAUAAUUAUGGGAUUUAUGGCUAGCUUCUUGAGCCAAUUUUGGGCAUACAGAUAUAAUUAUGUAUUAUCAGCUUCACUGGAUAGUGCGUCACAAAUUGUUACUAUGUUUAUUUUCUUUUUAUUGAGUGGUUUAGUUGAGAUACCGUUUCCGGAAUGGUGGGGAAACAAUCGAGAAUCACAAGGUGAAAGGUGUUUUUUGCCACCAGGUUCAUCAAAAAUUUGA